CUUCGGCCCGUCGAAUAUUGUUACAAGAUGUCGCACGAAUUUCCAAAUGAGGAAAAUAUUAUUUGAAUGGACCAUCGAGAAUUUCAGUUUAUGCUACUUAAACAUACUAAAGUCUUCUACAUUCCCAGAAGGGGUCAAUAAAGAAAUAACAUGGUGCCUGGAAAUGCAUGGCUUGUGCAGGGACUACCUGUCACUUACUCUCAUUCUCGUUUCGUGUAGGGCGUCACAAGUUGUAAACGCUAAGUACAAAUUUUCAAUUCUCAAUGCCAAAAAAGAAGAAAAGGAAAUAACAGAAAGUGAUGAUAUACUAUCGUAUACUCACAACGGAAAAAGCCACUGUUGUAAACAGUUCGUCAGAAGAGACUUUCUUCUGGACGAGGUCAACGGGCUGCUGCCAGACGACAAACUUACGAUAUUCUGUGAGAUCAGCGUAUUUGAUUAUGUAAGAUCCAGUUACGAUCCAGUAACAAUACCGUUUAAACCCGAUAAUGUCGGGUUACUGCUUUUCGAAAAUCCAGAAUUUUCCGACAUAACGGUUCGUGUCGAUGGAAGAGAGAUCCAGGCGCACAAAGCAAUUCUUGAUGUACAAAGUGACUACUUCUCGAGAAUGUUAAAAAGCGAAAUGUCGGAAACACAAAACAAUUACGUGACAAUUGAAGACAUAGAUUAUGAAACCGUUAGAGAAAUGUUGCGAUUUAUUUACACCGGUAAAGUGGAGAAUUCCGAGAAUCUGGGCAAAAUCACGGACCUGUUAGUGGCAACGGACAAGUAUGAGUUAACGAAGCUAAAAGUAAUGUGCGAGAAAAUACUUUGCACACGGUUAACCGUUGAGAACGCAGCAGAGAUCCUCAUACUUGCCGAUUUCUAUAGGGCCGAUUAUCUGAAGGCAGAGGCGCUAGACAUCAUUAAAUCAUAUCUGACGGAUGUAACCGAUACCAAGGGCUAUAAAUCCAUGGAGAAUUCUCACCCGCACCUGGUAUCGGAAGUUGUACAAUCUCUGGCGAAACAUAAGUGAAACGACGCUGAAAGCAGUCACCGCGCGCUCACCCCAGAGAUGGAUGAAGUUAUGAACUUGGCACCGAGUUGGAGCGCAUUGGCGUUAAUCGCCAAGUUCUGCGAAUUUAAUCAAUAAUCUUCCGCACUUUCACGUUUCCUGGAUGCGUUCGAUUAUUUUGCAAUUAAAACAGACACCGUCCAUUCCCUAGAUUUUGAGAAUAUAAGUUAUGGUAAAUAAACGAAAAAAAAUACAAUAAAAAAAAUGAUGUACGUUGUGAACACGACGAUAUUAACUAAAUUCAUAAAUGUUCUAUUAAAUAAGAAAUUAAUA